CAGUGAGGAAGCUGCUGAGGAGAUGGAUAACAGAGAAGAUCCACCCUCUUUUGCGGAUCCGUCAUGCGGAUCCAACCAAAGGAGAAAGUUGGCAGCUCCACCAAUGAACGUGUCACUGGACCGCAGUGAGGGGUCUCUCCUCUCAGAAGACGGCCUGGACACAGAGGACGAGGCGCUGGAUACUGGUGAUGACCUGGACGUCAACAUAGAUGAGCUGGACACACCUGAUGAGGCCGAUUUACCUGAGUUCAACGAACACGCAACAGAGGAGUCAGACAAGUCUAAUCUGGGUGCAGGAGCAGCAUCCGGUGAUGCUAACGCCGGACACGGAGCAGCUGAGGAGAACAGGGGAAGUCGGCUGUGGAGGAGUGUCGUGAUUGGAGAGCAAGAGCAUCGCAUUGAUAUGAAGUGCAUUGAUUCGUACAAAAGGGUCAUUUCUCAUGGAGGUUAUUACGCUGAAAAGAAUGCCAUCAUCGUGUUUGCAGCGUGCUUCCUGCCGGACAGCGACUGUGACAAUUACAAUUAUCUCAUGGAAAACCUUUUUCUGUAUGUAAUAAGUACCCUGGAACUAAUGGUGGCCGAAGAUUACAUGAUUGUUUACCUGAAUGGCGCCACACCUCGCAGGAGGAUGCCCGGCUUUACCUGGAUGAAAAAAUGCUACCAAAUGAUAGCCAGACGAUUAAAGAAAAACCUGAAGAUGUUCACCAUUGUCCAUCCCUCCUGGUUCAUCCGGACGUUGCUCGGCAUCACCAGACCCUUUAUAAGCUCCAAGUUCAGCAGUAAGAUCAAGUAUGUGAACAGUCUGCAAGAGCUUGGAGAAAUCAUCCCGAUGGAGUUUGUCCACAUUCCACCCAGCAUUAUAAAGUAUGACGAGGAGAGGGCUAUACACACAUUUGCAUGCAUGAGAUUGGAUACAGAAUUGCAAGACACUUCCGUUCAAGCCGACAGGAGGGGAAACUCUUUUGUUUGACAGUUACAAGAUUCCUGGCCGCUGCCUCUCCUCUCCCUACAUUAUGCUGUACUCUGCCGCAGCGUAUCUGAAGAUGAGCCCGCCUGCAGCAUGAUGUGUGCGGCUCAUGGUUGCUGCACCAACAACUGUCAAUGGUUUAGAAAGGGAGUUGCUGUGGUACAACACUUUAGAAAGUUGCUUGUUCAUUGAGGAAUGUAUGAACUUGAGGGUGCUGAACAUAAUACUGUAUUUACAGUGCAGAGACUGCCACUGUGCGGAAGGUUUAAUGCUUUACCCUGUAUUACGCCACGUGACACAGCACUCCAUUAAGCUCCCAGUUCUCUUUCUUUUAUUUUCUUUUACUUCACCUUUCACUUUUACGAAAUUUUGAUUCUUAUGUAAUUCACUUAGGAGGAAUUACUAACUGGCUUUGUUACAUUCAUGUAUUAAUCUAACCUGUCAGUUGCCGUGUGGACCUUUUGUAACCCUUGGUAAACACAAGUGUGACUGAUUGCUCACAUGAAAACAUAAGUUGUACUACAGCCCAUUUCAUUUGCUCACAAAAGAUGUGAAAUUGUACUGUCAAUAGAUGGCGGUGUUAAGGGAUACUCUAUAUAUACUGUAAUUUUAGAUAGUCAAGGUUUACAGACAUGAUCCACACACAAAAAAAGCUUUCUACUGUGCACCUGUUUGUAAUGGCAUGUAUAAGGGUCGCCACACUGGUUUUAAAUCAUUUCCAAUGGUGUAGGUGGCUCAUGUCAUUGUGUGUCAACAAUCUUUAAAGGCUAUCAUUUGGCUGUUAUACUAACACUGUAUGUCACUGUGAAAAGACUUGCGACAUCAUAUCAUGAAGGUAGCAAAAUAGCAGUUCUUUAUGAUGACCCUGAGAGCUCAGCUCACUGCAACUUACUGUUAGAAAACCCAAAGUAGACAGAAGACAAGCUGAGUCAGAACAUUUCAAUUUGAAAACACAAGCAAACAAAGAGACACACGGCAAAUAUAGAAAAUACAAACGAUUAGGAAACAAGCUGCAAACUUCAGCAGAGUUUUCUAUAUUUAUUUGUGUUUUCCUAACUUGCAGUUGCUGAGCUCUCAGGUCCACCGUAGUUAUCAGUAGCUGCAGUAAUGUGUUGCAUGCAAGAGUUGAAGAUUAGUCUGAUCAGAUCUCUCACUCAAAAGCAGAAUUAUGUACCAAUGUAAUUUUAGUCAUAGUUUAUCUUAUGUCUGUGCGUGUGUGUGUGUGUGUGUGUGUGUGUGUGUGCGUGUGUGUGUGUGUGAGAUUGUUGGGGGUUGAGUAAGAACAUCUAAAUGUUGACUGAUGGUUAGAGAGGUACAGUAUAGAGAGGGCCUUGGUUCAAAUAUGUUUACUUUUAUUUGUUUUUAUUAUAUUUGUAUAAAUAUAUAUAUAAAUAUAUUCAUUUGUUGUAAAAUAUGUCAAAAGUUUUACUUCAUUAAAGAUGUGUUCCACCUCAACAGUCUUUUCAAAUAGUGCACCAUAGACCACAAUAAACACAUUGCUCAUUUCA